AUGGUUCAACAAAUAAUAGAAGAAUCAACAUUUUGGAAUGUAUUUAGGAAUAAAUACUUGUUUCAUUCAAUCUUUCAAUUAUAUAGAGAUGAAAGAAACGACUAUUGUACAGAGUUGACGUCGUGGGAGGAUACAAGUGUAGAGGAGAUUAUUGAAAGAGGUGAUUUGGCAAUACUCAUCAAAAGAAUGAAAAGAGGUGAUCGUAACCUUUACUUUUCUUCAGAGUCUAUACGACUGUUUCUUCGUCGUGUCGAGGACUUGGAGACGUUUACCUACUUUUUCAAAGAGACUGGUUUUGAACUACCAACCACCAUCAAUGAUGUCUAUCACUGUCCGUCGGUACAAAUUCUAGAUUAUGUAGUUGAAGAGAAUAAACGUAUCUUUGACGAGAGAUACAAAAAGGACAACAAAGAAAAGAAAGAGAGGAGGUUCUGUCCAUUUGGAGUUGAUGGUAGUGGUUGGGACAGUAGUCUAGAAUUUCAACCAUUUUCAAAAAGUGUAGAUGUACUGGAUAGGGUAUUACAAUUGUAUAAAGAGUAUUGCCCACCUCAUCUACCACCAGUAAUGAAAUUAUCAAUCAAUAAUGUAUUAUUAAAAUUCACUCAAAGUAAUCGUAAUCUUAAUCGACGUCGUGACCGACGACUCAUCAGAGGUCUACCUACAUAUGAUCGAGAUCAUCAAGAACAAGUAUUGGUUUGGAUUGCAAAGAAUUUCCCAAGACUUGUGGACCAGUACAAAAAGACAAAUCAUACUUGUCAAAUCAAGAAUAUAUGUAUAUAUCGGACCGGUAACACUACACUAAUGAAGCAGUACACCAAUACCGACUCGAUCACACUGCCGUACUAUCUGAUAGAAACAACUCAACAUCUUUCGGUUGCGUCGCGUCUAGAGAUCGAGAUCCGAUUCAAAGAUGCAGAACCCAUGUUUUUAAAAUGUAAAUCGACUUUACUUGGUAUGUUUGCAUGGUUGCAAGAUGAUAGGGAGAGACUUGAUAGAAUGUCACUUGACCUAUUACAACUGCAACGUGGUGUGAUUACCUCGCUGGAAAGACUGGAUGAAAUAUGCAAUGAUAUAUUACAAACGGGUGUCAAAGGCGGAUCGGUUAGUGAAGAGGCUGCUAUUCGCUAUUUGGCUAGUGUGGCCAUUCAACAUAUAUGUGAUAGUAAUAGAGCACCAACUCGAUAUUGUUCAAAUCAUUUCUCACCUAGGUAUAUUGGUAUUCUUCGAGUUGGUACACUCAAGCAAGUUAAAAUAGCAGUCUCCAACGGCUUCCUAUCAGCUGCACCAUUAUUGGACAGUCGAAGCAUAUUCCUGUCAAUCAUAACUAGAAAGGGUGAUCCUCAAACAACCGUCGAUAUAUACAACCUACUCGUACGAGAAACUAGGUAUAUUGAUAUCACCCAUAUAUCACCAUUCAAAACAAACUACAAGAAAAGGUAUACUCGUAUCGAAUCGGAACAAGUAUUCUUUCUCGUCAUGAUUGGUGGCAAAGGAUCUGACAUAGUUGGACUCAAAGGUUCAUCAAAACUCUUUCAUCUAUUGUCACAUACCAUGAAAUCGUUAGACUAUAACGUAUUCCAAGAGGCUCUGGUAAAAGGACAUAUGCCACUUUUACGAAGUGUAGCCGCCGAGGUUUUAUAUCGAAAUCUUAAAGGAAAACUAAAGAAUAUGCUUACUGAUUGUUUCAUAGAGAUGAUAACUACUUUUAAAUGCGAAUAUAGUGUACAGGAAUUAUUCACCCAUGAAAAGGGUCUAUUCACUUUGGAACAGUUGGUCAAUACAAGCAAUCACCAAACACAACUCAUUCUUCAAGAACCUUAUCGACCAUCUAUUCAUCUCCCGAUCAUCAAAAGACUUGAUCAACUUGGUGUUAAAACAAUACAAAGUGAUCAAACAACAUUAUUUAACUUUAAUUAG